AUGUUCAACAAACUGCUCCUUCUGGGUCUGGCAUCUUUCACCUUUGGCCAGGAUGAUGCACCUACAAAUUCCAGUGUCAUCGAUGAGGAGAUGGGCCCUGCCGCUUUCAUGUGGCCCCCAGACCGUGUUUGGUCGGGAGACAUGGAUAAUAGAGCUCCUUGUGGCUCACGGGCUCCUGCAGGCAACAGAACCGAGUUUCCACUGACUGGUGGUGCUGUUUCCCUUGUCGCGCAAGAUGAUUACUACAAUACCAAGAUUAGUAUUUCAUACUCAAAUGACCCAUCAUCAAACGACGAUUUCGAUACUCUCAUCCAAGAGAAGAGUAUUGCAGACCUCAACCCAGGUCAUAGCUGUGUAAAAGUCUCCGACGCGCCAUCGAGCGUUUCAGCAGGCGAUAAUGCAACGCUUCAGAUUAUUUACCGCGCCGACUGGGACGCUCCCCACAACCAAACAUUCUACGCGUGUGCGGACAUCACAUUCGUCUCAAAGGCUGACUUCGACUUUGCCAUUCCAUGCUUCAACGUUACUGAGCCAGGAGACGAUGACAAAGCCGCCGGUGCAACGGCUGAUCCUAGUCCAAGUGCGACACAUCUUCAUACCUCUGAUGACGGCUCUGAUGAUGAGGAUGAGCAAGCGAGCGGUGCCAAGAAAUUAAGUGGUGGUGCUAUUGCUGGCAUUGUUGUGGGCUCUGUGGCGGGUGUAGUCUUGAUUGCUGGCGCGGCUCUGUUCAUGUGGCGGCGAAAGGAGCAGGCCAAGAGAAACUCACGGAUUGCGCGUAUGGAGGAUAAUGCUCGUAAGCAUCAGCUCGCGACAGACGGUUCACAGCCAAGUAUCUGA